AUACUUCAAUUGUUCUCCUAUUCCUCCUAGUCCAUAUUUUUUAAGAAUAUCUGGAUCUCAAAUUUCAAAAAAAGACAAAAAAAUUCUCACAACUACCAAAUCUACUAAUGAAUUAAUGUCAGAAAUGGCUAAUAAAGAUUUUGAUUUACAAGAAAAAUUAAAAAAAUUGGAGCUAGAAAAGGAACUUAAGAAAACAAAUUUCUUGGAAGCAGAAAUCUCUUUAAAAGAAUAUGAAGAUAAUAAAUUUAAUCAGUAUCAAAAUAAACUUAAAGAUGACAAGAGAAUGCAAUCAUUAUUACUUGAUGAAGUUCGUACUGACCAAAUAGUUACUUCAAUCCAAAAAGGUACUGAAAAAACUAAAGAAAAGCUUCUUUAUGAUUUAAUAGAAGUUGAAGAAUCUACAAAAAAACUUAUUCAUGACACCUUGGAUUUAAAAGAAACAUUAAAAUUAAAAAUAAAUUACAUCUCAAACUUAGAAAAUACUAUUCUUCCUGAAAAAAAUGAACUAAACCUCAUAAAAGAAAAGAAUUCUGAAUUUACAUUAAAACUUAAACAAAUAUUGGCCAAAAAUGAUAUGCAACGAUUUAUACUUUUCAAUAAAAUGUCAGAAGAAUAUUCUUCGGAAAUGGAAAAACUAACCAACAUCCUUAACUCAAGUUAUUGCUAUCGUGGGGUUUUGAAAGAACAUUUAAAAUCUAUGUAUAAUCAACUUAAAUAUUUAACAGUUGUGGAGUUAAAGAAACAUGAUUUACAAACUAAUAAACAUAUGAAUGAUAUAUGUCAAGAACGAAUGAUACUUGCACAACUACUUGUUGACUUAAUAGAAAAUAAGAAACAAAAUCAUAGAUUAUUAAUUCAAAAUUUAGAAGCUCAAAAUAUUGGAAAUGAAUCUGCAACAAAAUGGCUAACACAAUUUUCUAAUUUGGUUGAUCAUUUACCUUCGGAUUUAAAAUAUUCUGAUAAAUUUGUAAGCCCUAUGCUAUUACACAGGGUAUCAACAGCAGGUGGAAGUCAUUUAUUAUUUUUUAUUUUAAACAAUGAUUUAAAAUUACCAAUAACAAAGCAUUAUCUUAAUGAGAUGGGUAUAAAAAAUUCAAAAGAUCAGGAGUUAUUAAUAGAUGUAUUUAAAAAAUUACCAGAACCAUCAGCACCACAUGAAUCUCAGAUUUAUCCAUCAGCACCAAUAAUUGAUGAAUUGGAAUGUAUUAUUUGUAUGGAAACACCGUAUAAUGUUGUGUUUAUACCUUGUGGACAUUUAUGUAGCUGCUGGGACUGUUCAUUAAAAAUACAAUUAUGCCCCAUGUGCAGGUCCAACAUAAACAAUAAAAUUCUAAUUAAUAAUUAAUUGUGAUAUAUUAAUAAAGUAAUUUGUAUAAUUUUUUAAAUAGACAAAUAUAAUUUAUAUUUUAUAUUAUAUUUAUAAAUAUUAUUUCAUUUAUUUAUUAUAUUGUAAUGCAAUAAUAUGUAUUAACUCAUAACUUCACAAAUAAUAAAAAAAUUCACUUAUAAAAAUAACUAAAUUUUAUUAAAAGAUGUUAUGUU